GACGCUCUGUAACCUACUACCGCCUGUAACUUUCAUCGCUUUUCCAUAGGCUCAGAAACGCGUGCGCACGCGCACCUGCCCCGCUGCUCUCUGCUGGCCGGCGACCUCCUUCUUUCCUUUCACUUCUUUUUGGGCUUUCUCAGAAUCUGAGGAAAUAGAAUGGCCACUAACGAUGCUCUGAAGAAAAAGACAGAAGACAAGCAAUGUGCAGAAGAUGCCAGAGUUUGUGUCCCUAAUCCACACCUUAAGAAAAUGAAAGAUGACAUCUUAUAUCAUUUUGCCCUUGGGACUGCUACUCAUGAUUUUCCUGCCUUAUUUGGAGAUGUAAAGUUUGUAUGUGUUGGAGGAAGUCCUUCACGGAUGAAAACUUUUAUUACCUACAUUGCUGAACUGCUGGGUAUUGGUAAUCCUGGUUAUGACUAUCCCAAUAUAUGUGCUGGAACAGAUCGGUAUGCAAUGUACAAAGCGGGACCUGUACUGUCAGUCAGCCAUGGAAUGGGGAUCCCUUCAAUUGCUAUCAUGUUGCAUGAACUCAUCAAGCUGCUGUAUCAUGCCAAAUGCUGCAAUGUAACCAUUAUUCGUAUUGGCACAUCUGGUGGAAUAGGUUUGACACCAGGCUCCGUGGUGAUCACAAAGCAAGCUGUAGAUGCUACCUUCAAGCCACAGUUCGAACAGAUUAUUUUGGGGAAGUCUGUCAUUCGCAGUACAUACUUAGAUGAAAAAUUAGCUGAAGAUCUUAUGCAGUGUGCUAAGGAACUGGAUCAAUUCAACACAGUUAUUGGAAACACAUUGUGCACUCUGGAUUUCUAUGAAGGUCAAGCUCGCCUUGAUGGUGCCAUCUGCACAUAUACUGAAGAAGAGAAAUUGCAAUAUUUGAAGGAAGCUCACAAGACUGGAGUAAGAAAUAUUGAGAUGGAAUCUUCUGUUUUUGCAGCUAUGUGCAAUCUUAGUGGCCUCAAAGGUGCUGUAGUAUGUGUAACAUUGCUGAACCGACUUGAAGGCGAUCAGAUCUCUACACCUCAUGAUGUUUUGAAGGAGUAUCAGACAAGACCACAGAAGCUGGUGGGACAGCUGAUUAAAAAUCAUCUUGGAAAAAAGUGACUUUCUAUACUAUAUAUUUCUAGGAACCUUUCCUUUUACUUGAAUUCUUGUUAAAAAUGUUUCCUCAGGAGCAUAAUUUACAAUCUUAUGUACACUUCUCCUUUAAAAGAAUUGAACUAUUUUUGAUUAUAUGUACCGGUAUAUACUAUGUAUGUAGUCAUGCAUGCAUGUAUGUACAUACACAUGUACAUACCUCAAUUAACAGCACUUUAUUAUAUUUUGUGUAUGUGUAUAUACACACAUAUACGUACAUAUAGAUACAUAGAUACAUACAGUACAUACAUAUACACACACACAUACAUACACAUAGAUAUACAUACACUGCUGUUAAGUACAUUAGAAAAUGUUUUAAUUAACAUUAUUUUCCAAGAUAAAAUCUAUUAUUAAGAGCCAUGAUGGCCCAGUAGUUAGAAUGCAGUACUGCUGGAUACUUCUGCUGACUGCCGGCUGCCAGUUCAAGGUUGACUCCCAACCUCCCAUCCUUCUGAGGUCAGUAAGAUGAGGGCCCAAAUUGUUGGGAGCAAUAUGCUGACUCUGUAAACUGCUUAGAGAGGGUUGUAAAGGAGUAGUCACCAACUGGUGGUCCAUGGACCAUUGGUGAUCCGUGAGAAAAUUUUGGUGGUCCGCAGAAAAAUUAUUUGCAUUUUUAUAUUGCAUUAAAUGCUAUUUAUCUUUUUUAAAAAAUCAUAUUAGUGGUCUGCGGGAUUUAAAAUUAUGAAUUUAGUAGUCCCUGAGGUCCGAAAGGUUGGUGACCCCUGCUGUAAAGCACUGUGAAGCGGUAUAGAAGUCUAGGUGCUACUGCCAUUAACACAAAGUUAUAGUGCAGUGAUAGCUAACCUUUUUUUUCUCGAGUGCCAAAAGCGUGCGUGCCUACACCCAUAAUGCAACGCCCCCCACGCACACUGUGACUGCGCAUGCGCAACCCCCAUGCUGCCAGCCCCGUACAGGCACAUGCAACCUCCUCAAACUCCCCCACGCUCCAUUUUGGGCUUAGCAGGCCUCCCGGAAACCUCCAGAGGCCAGAAACAGCCAGUAAGCCCAUUUUUUGCCCUCCGGAGGCUGGAAACGGUCAGUUUCUGGACUUCCAGGAGAUUUGUUUUUCGCCCUCUACAGACUCCAGAGGCAUUCUUGGAGCCUCCGGGAGGGCAAAAGUGGCCUCCCUUAGAGGCCCUCCAGAGACCGCAAACAGCCUCUUUCCAGACUUCCGGUAGGCCUGUUUUUCGCCCUCCCAGAGCCUCUGCACAGGCCCUGUACUUAUCUGUCAUCCAAAACAGGCUGCGUGAAGAUGCCGGGGGGGGGAUGGGCAGCAUGGGCACGCACGCACAUCUCCCACAUGCAGGGCAGACCCAAAAAUCAGCUGUCCAGCAGGAGGUGUGUGCGCAUGCGUGAUGGAGCUGACUUUGGGCAACAGCUCACGUGCCAGCAAAAAUGGAUCUGCGUGCCACCUGUGGCAGGCGUGCCAUAAGUUCACCAUCACUGUUCUAGUUCUACUUAAAAUGUAUGCCCAAAAUAUUAGGUAAAUUAAGCUUGGAAGCUGACAAGUUUUAUUAAAUCCAUGAUAGUCAUUAAUUCAUUAUUUUUUUAAUGACUUGUAGUCUUAAGAAUGUAAACUUUUUCAUACUUAUUUGGGUAUGGGAUUGCAUAAGAUUAUGCCUUGUAGGUCCUUCCUUUUUUAUUUUUCAAGUCCUAAAAAUAAGAAAUUGAUUUCAGAUUUUGUUAUGUAGUUAAGAGAAGACUAGUGAUUGCAAGACUGAUAUUCAAAUAGAUGUUCAACUUUAACCCACUGUAGAAUAGACCAUACAUUGCCAUUUUGAAAUACUGCGCUUUUACCUUGGACUUGGUGACUGCUUUAGGACUAGAUGUCAUCCUAUGUCCACUGAAUUAGUUUUACCACAUUGUUUUUAGACUAAAAGUAAAGGAAAUGCUAUAACUUUGCAAUAAAUUCUCAAAGAAAACAUUGAACAUAAAUGUUAUACUGGAGAUAUGCAUCACAGUAACUGUGCAGGAACAGUCUUCUAUCUGAUUGGAUAAUUAUGAAGAAUAUACUUAUGCUUACUCUGUAUAUGAAAUAUAUAAAAACUCUUCAAUGUAUAAAAUAUAUGACAAAAAGGAAAAGUCUGCAAAGUUGGAUCUUUUAUAAAUUUGAAUAAUGAAGCUCUAUUCCUUGUGUUUUUGCUAGCCAGAUAGAGAAAAGUGAUGAGUAAGAAAACAUACAUUAUAACUCAGAAUGCUCAUAGCAAGCAUUGACUGGUAUGAAUCUAAUUCAAACAUUCCAUUUAUAAGUCGGUUUACAAUUACUUACUUUAAAAAUAUAUUUUUUUUAAAAAAAAGGUGUUUCAAAAUUAAGAAGUUCCAUUUGCAUUUGAAGUUACUGCCUGUCUGCAGUUUGGUCCUUGGUGUUCUGAGCUUGCUUGUUUUCUUGCAGAUGUUUCAUUACCCAAAUUAGAUAACAUCAUCAGUGCUAGUAAGGAGAGAGGUUUGCUCUCAGUUUAUAUUCUAGUAGGUUGCUCUGUCUUCGAGGUUCUUUGGUUGGGCUGUUUACUCUUGGCUUGUUUGGUAGUUCCUUUAUUGGGGUAUUGUUUACUUGAUUGUUGGUCUAAGGUUAAUCUUGGAGUUAAAUUACACAUAUCUAGGUGCUUUGAUGUUUUUGUUUCCUUUUUGGAAUGUUUUUUCCUGUAUUGUAUAUAAAUAUUGUUUAUAUCUACUUGCACUGGUAGCCAGGGUGGAUUUGAUUUAAAUCAAGUCAAUUUUAAAUCAUGAUUUAAAUCACUAGUAAAAAGGCUCGAGUUGAUUUAAAUCAUAAUUUUUAAAGAGCAACUAUCAUCUCUGUCCUGCAGCGGCUCCUCCUCUGACCCGCUGUUGACUGAUCGACAGUCCCAUUCACUUUAAUGGGAUGGCUGGUGCUACAGCAGUGACACAAGGUGACGGAUGUGGCGGGCAGCAGUGGGUGGAUACCCGCUAACGGGCACUGCCAUGAUGGAUCUGAAAUGACAGGUGCUCUUUAAAUGUAAGGAUUCAUUCUUGCUGGUAGUUAGUUUAUUAUUAUUAUUGUUUUUAAAAAUGUUUCCUAUUUAGCUUGCAGAGCUUGGAUUCAUUGAGUUUAACAAAAAUGUAAAUAUUGCAGAAUAUACAGUCUCAUGCUACAUUUCUUGCUGAAAAAAACUAAAUUUUAAUAUAUCUUAAAUAGAAAACUUAAAUAGAAAAUAGAUUGAUUUUUAAUCCAAAAGCAUUUUAUUAAAAUAAAUUUAAUAAAAAUUUUAAAAAAUGAUUUACAUUUUUUUAAAUCUGAUUUUUUAAAAAAAUCAUUGAUUUUUAUGCACCCUAUUGGUGGCUAAUUUGUUGGAGUGUCAGGCUUCUAGAAAUUCCCUAGCAUUUUUGGAUUUGGCUUGAUCUGGGAUGGUCACAAUUUCCCAAUUGAAACUAUGGUUAAGUCUGUCCAUAUGUUGUGAAAUUAAAGAAUUUUCAUGUCUUCUUACAUGGCAUUCAUAGACACAUUCUGCCAGUCUUCUGCCUGUUUUUCCUAUAUAAUGGCUGUUGUAGUCAUUACACUGUAUGUUGUAGAUGAUUCCUGUUUUUUCCUUCUGGAGUUACUGGGUCUUUUGGUUUACUUAGAAUAUUUUGAAGAGUUUUAGCUGGCUUGUGUGCUACUCUGAUUUCAUGUAAUUGUAAUAAUCUGUUGGUGGUUUCUAAGAUAUUUUUGAUGUAUGGCAGUUUAUUCAUUUAAUUAGGAUUUUCAGGAAGGAUGGCAAGCUGUUUUAUUCUUCUCUAGUAAACUGAAGAUGUUGAUGGUUCUAUGGAUGUUCUCUAAUUGAUCCUUUUUUAUUAUAGCAAAGGUGUCCUAUGCAUAUCUGAUUCAUAUUUUGGGUUGUAUUUAUGGAAGUGGUAUGGCUUCUAGAUGUUGCAUAAUGAUCUCUGCUAUAAGUUCCGAAUACGGUGAUCCCAUAGGUAUAUUUUUAACUUAUUGAUAAUUUUAUCCAUCAAGUUGGAAGUAUGUGGUUAGGCAGAGGUUUAUGAGAUCUAAUAUUUACAUAUAUGAUCAUAGAUUCUUUGGAUAAGUCCAGAUCUAUGAAUGUGAACAGCGUUGUGUCAUCAAAUGAAAACAUGAUUUCAAGUAAAUCAAGUAAACAAUACCCCAAUCAAGGAACUGUCAAAGAAGCCAACAGUAAACAGUCAAUAAACAGUAAACAGCCCAACUAAAGAUCACCCUAAGAUCACCCCCACCAACACUGAUAAGGAAAGCCACUAGAAUGUAAACUGACAGCAGAACCCUCUCCUUACUUGUAUUGAUUAUGUUACCUAGUUAGGAUAAUGAAAUGUCUGUAAGAAAAUAACCAAGCUCAGAGAACACCAAGGAUUCCUCAUUUCAACCCUGAGCUACAAGUAUUUUCCUUUAUUGGAAAUUAAAUACAUAAUUUUAACUAAUGCAAAUAUUGGCCCAAUUUAUUUUCUUGCAAAAUCCAACUCUACAAAAGUUUUCAAGAGAUUGGUCUGGUAUAGCUUGAUUUUAGAUUUAAAUACCAGAGAAAAUUUAAUUUAUUUCUUUAUGACUUUUACUGUAAUGAUCUUUUUACAAUGGUAUUUAAUUUCCUGUUGUUCUAUUGCUUGAACUUUAUUUUUAUGUUAUGAUUUAGGCAGGUCUAAGAACUGUGGUUGAAAGUAACAAAUACAUGUUUUAAAUAAAUAGAUGUUUUAGAAAGCUGAAUGUAUUGACCAUUCCAUA